UACGAUUGUGUUCCUGUUUUAAAAAAAAAGUCUACGCUAAUGCUAGAAAUAUCCAUGGAAGAAAUGCGAGAGGUACUGGAUGAGUUUGAAGCUGCCAUAAAUGAAUUUCGAAAUAACAUUACAUGGAAAGAGAAGAGCACCGUAGAUAAGUUUCAGCUUGAUGACUGCAUUCCUGCAUUUGAAAAUCGGGAAAUAGAUGGUCCAGCACUAUUGGAAUUAACUGAAGAAAAAUUAUUUACAUUUCAAGAUAUCAAAAUUAAACGAAGGGCACAAUUGGCAAAAUGUGUCAACGAAUGCAAAUCUCAAGCUACUCAAGCGAAGAAAUUGGUUGGAAAUAUAAAAGGUUCCAUCAAAAAGGAACAGCCUACUGUAGAUGAUGUCCAAGAUGAGAAUUAUUUUGAUUAUUGGGAUACAGAUUUUGAAGAGGAGGAGGAGGAAAAUGAUGAGGAUGAACAAAGUUUUGAUAAAACAAAUUAUCAAACAGACAUAUCAAGUAAUGUAUCUCAGGUAUCUUCUUCCCCUACUCCGAAACCAGUGGAUAAACCCAGUAUGCCUAAACCACCAUCAACUAAACUUGCAAUGUAG